UAUUUUUAUUCUUAAGGGCGUGUUUGGUGUCUUCCAACGGCUUAAGGCAUAUAGAUUAGCAAUGGAUACCUUUUAUCGAUUAAGCUAGAUUAAAAAUUCAUAAUGGUGUUUGAUACCAUUUACUAAAAUGUUUAUAUCUUGUUCGGUACUCAGUACAAAGGCAUAGAUAAAGGAGUUAAAAGACAUAACUCUCCCUCCACUAAACCCAUAAAGACAAGCGUACCCUUUGAUUUUCACCCCACGCUACAUAUUCCCUAUUCCUUCAUAUUUUGCAGCAUUCACUUCUUGCGCCAUAGGAAGGGUCACAGAAACUGAAACGACACGCCUGGAAGUGGACGAUUUGCGCCGAUCUGCGCCGCGACAAGAAUGAGUUCAGCAACUCAAGGAAGCAAUGGAUUCGUUCGUGGUGGUCGGUUAAACAAGACCGACAAGACCCGGCGUAGUUGGUCGGCUCGAGAGGAGGAGGUUUUGUUGGCUGCAUUGAAGGAGUUGGUGGCGCAAGGCUGGAAAUCGGAUAAUGGUUUUCGCGCCGGAUAUUUGAAUAAGUUGGAAGAAGCGAUGAAGAAGGAAUACCCAACUACGGAUUUGAAGGGAAUGCCUCACAUCAAUUCCAAAAUCACAAUAUGGAAGAAGAACUACUCUUCGCUAUCGUAUAUGCUAGGGAAAAGUGGAAUUGGCUUUAACUUGAAGGGCACACACACUAUCGACUGUGACGAUGAACAAUGGCAGGCAAUCCUGAAUCGUGAUUCAAAUGCGCGUCUUAUGCGCUACAAAAGUUGGCCACAUUUGGAUGAUUGGAGGGUGAUAUUUGGAAAAGAUAGGGCUACCGGCGAGGGGGCGGAAGAUAUCAUGGAGGCUGCGCACGAAAUGUACCGUAACAUCGACCUCACCGAGCCACACGUUGAUGGAGAUUAUCACGUCACUCUUGAUGACAUGUACGAGCCCGCAGAUGCAGAUGAUAGUGUGAGUCAAAGUGUCAAAGCUUCACCCGAAGUGCGUUCAUCGACUAGGAAGAGGAAACGAGAUGAUGGCAUCGAUAGGAUGUUCGCCGCGCUGUCUGAGAUCACCACCACUACGGGCGAUCGAUUGGAGACACUUGCAAGUAGGAUGGGGUAUGAUUUCGACAUCUCAAAGGCGAGGAAGGAGGUCUUUGCCCAACUGGGCUCUAUCUCGGGACUAACCCUCAAGGACAAGUUCGAAAUCACCGACUUGCUUGCUAAAGAGGUAGAGCGCCUUGACGUUUUUACCAGCCUGCCGGAUGAAGCGAAAUCCGAGUACGUCCACUAUCUGCUUGACAUGAAGUUGAAGUAGCUUGCUAUUUCAACUAACCGAAGUUGCUGCUGUUUUUGAGAAACCUCACAGACACGUUAAGUACUCCUAUGUGAGAUGAUUUGGAUCUGUUUUAGUUUGUGAUUUCUGUUCUUUUUUUUCAAGUACCUAGAAUGCUAUUAUCUUCCCGCAGACGGUAUAAGUUUGGCUUGAUAAUGUUGUUGGAUUAUUCAUGCAUGUUGGAUUAUUCAUGACAUUUUAUAUUUGAAGUCCUUGGCAGAUUA